UGAUAAUUAGGUGGAGUUGCAGCAGCUGCGGACCGCAUACAAUCGACUGGUGAAUCAAAUGAAUAGCAUAUUCAGCCAAAAGCUUUGGUUUAUAAUGCUGGAGCAGUUUUUCAUGAAAUAUGUAUGGUCCGGCACCGGAAUGAUAAUGGUUUCUCUACCAAUAUUAACGGGUACGGCUGGAUCGAAAAGGUCAGAUAGCCCCGUAACUGCCGAGGUGAAUGACUCGAAUGUGAGCGAGCGUACCCAAUAUUUGACGACGGCCAGAAAUCUGCUUAUAUCGGCAGCCGAUGCGAUCGAGCGUUUAAUGUCCUCCUACAAGGAGGUUGUAGCCUUGGCUGGAUAUACUUAUCGGGUCGCUGGAAUGUUGGAUGUAUUCGAGGAGACGGCACAGGGAAUUUACAGCAAGGCGACGCUGGUCGAGAAUGAGGAAAUGAAUGGCAUCAUUGAGUUCCGCGAUGGCAAGCCGAUAGCAAAGGGCCGUAUUAUAUACACGGAUGAUCCCGGCAAUAUGUCGAUUAGUCUCCGGGCUGUGCCGGUCGUUACACCAAACUGUGAUAUUGUUGUGCCAAGUUUGACUCUAUGCAUUGAGCCGGGCGUGCAUCUAUUGAUAACCGGGCCCAAUGGCUGUGGCAAAUCCAGCUUGUUCCGCAUUCUGAGCGGACUCUGGCCAAUCUAUGCCGGAGAGCUGCACAUACCGCGUCCGGUUGAAAACAAGCCCUGCAUGUUCUAUAUACCACAGCGACCCUAUAUGUCCAUUGGCAGCUUAUGUGAUCAAAUCAUAUAUCCGGAUACGCGCGACGAUAUGAAACGCAAGGGCAUCACCGAAAAUGAGUUGAUCAACAUUCUAAAAUUGGUCACUCUCGAGCAUAUUGCACAACGUGACGGCUUUGAUGUUGUGCGCGAUUGGAAGGACAUUCUCUCCGGCGGAGAAAAACAACGAAUGGCAGUGGCUCGUCUAUUUUAUCACAAGCCGCGUUAUGCCCUCCUCGAUGAGUGCACCAGCGCGGUGUCCAUUGACGUGGAGAGCUCCAUUUAUGACAUUGCCAAGAAGAUGGGCAUCACGCUUCUGACAAUAACACACCGACCAACCCUGUGGAAAUUCCACACGCACAUUCUUGAGUUUGACGGUCAAGGAAGCUGGAAGUUCAGGAAAAUGGAUCCCAAUGAGAAGCAAAAGGAUCAGUUUAUUCACUAAUAUAUCCGAAUUACAUAUUGAAAACCCUUCAGUGAACAAAGACUAUACAAUUGAGUAAUAUAAUAUAUAUACAAAAAUAUAUAUUACUCAAUGACUAUAUAUACAGCGAGGUAUCAGAAAAAAUCGAAAAAUCGAAUGAUUAAAAACAACGUCAGCAAGGCGCGCUGGGUACAGGGUGUCUUCCAGUCGGACACACUCUACGGGAGCACAUUCGUUUUAUUAUGUACAUUUAGUAUACUUCUAAGCAUAUUUCUGAAUUGAUUAUGAAAUGCGAAAUGAAGCUGGAAGUUUAGGAAAAUGUGGUUCACCAAUAUCCAUUUUAAGUAUUAAAAUAACCAUGGAGUGAAUAAAGGCUAUACAUAUAUACGGAAUUCGAUUUGGACACUUUUUUUUCAAUUUAUCAUUGAACUAUUUUCUGACAUAGGUAUACAGAGAGAGAGAGAUAUGUACAUAUUGUGUGAAAUAUUUAAAGAUUGUAUAUAUGGUGGUAUGCGUAGUCGGUAAAAAUAACAUUAAAUGCAAUUUAUAAUUAUCUAGAUUUAUAUAUGUUUAACGAAUAAGAUUUGUCCACUCCACAGAUAGCAAUUAAUUCUUUGACAUUCAUACAAAAUAAACUUUAAUUAUUCUCUA